AUUCCAUCCAUCUCUCUAAAGACAAUGGCUUUUCAAAAGAUCAUCUCAGUCUUUCUUCUUCAGGUUCUGCUUGUUUUGUUGGCCUUAGACUCGAGCAAUGCGCAGAAAUUGAAAGUCGGGUUCUACUACAAAACAUGCCCUGAUUUAGAGGCUAUUGUGGCAAGGACUACUUAUCAAUACAUAUCUAGGGCAUCAACUCUUGCUGCUCCUAUUCUAAGGAUGCAUUUUCAUGAUUGUUUUGUUAGGGGAUGUGAUGGUUCUGUGCUAUUGAAUUCCACACCAAACAGUCAAGCUGAGAAAGAAGCCAUCCCCAACCAAAGCUUAAGAGGGUUCCAUGUCAUUGAUGCAGUAAAAUCUGCAGUAGAAAAGAAGUGUCCUGGUGUCGUUUCUUGUGCUGAUAUCUUGGCCUUAGUAGCUCGUGACGCAGUUAGAAUGGUUCAUGGCUCAUUUUGGGAGGUUCCGACUGGACGAAGAGAUGGAAGAGUGUCAUUAGCCUCAGAGGCCAAUAGAGGCUUACCUCCUCCUUUUGCUGACAUAACUCAACUCAAAGCAAUAUUUGCAGCCAAGGGUUUAAGUGCUAAAGACCUAGCGGUUCUGUCAGGAGGACACACCAUAGGCACAUCUCACUGCCCGUCCUUCACAAAUCGCUUGUAUAACUUCACCGGAAAAGGCGACACAGACCCGAAAUUGGACAAAAAUUAUAUAGCUCGGCUGAAGACAAAAUGCAAGCCAGGGGACACGACUAACCUGGUUGAGAUGGAUCCUGGAAGCUUCAAAACGUUUGAUGAAGAUUACUACACUCUAGUAACUCAAAGAAGAGGACUUUUCCAGUCUGACUCAGCUCUUCUUGAUGAUACUGAGACAAAAGCCUAUGUGACAAAGCAAGCCACAACUCGUGGAUCCACCUUUCUAACAGAUUUCGGUGUCUCAAUGGUGAAUAUGGGUAAUAUUGGAGUCCUCACAGGCAAAAACGGUGAAAUAAGGAAGCAAUGUGCUUUUGUUAAUUGAAGGCAAUUAACUUCUAUAUACAUUGGGAAAUGAUUUUUGUGCACUUAUUUUUCUCAUUUGUUUUCUCCUUUGAUUUCUACAAUUCGAAAGCUAGAAUAAGAAAGGGUGAGUAGAAAGAGAAAAAUAGUUUGAGGAAAUCACUUCCCGUGGACAUUUUUAUUCAGCUGGUGAUUUGAAUUUGCAAUUGUGAGUAUGAAUGUUUGCAUAAUUGAUAAUGCAUGUAUGUGUUGUGUGUUCCAAAAAGGGUUGCAACCAAAAUUGGUUAACAAGUCGUGUGAUGAUUUUGGACUGCCAUGGUGGGAGCCUUUCAACACCAUAUCCUGUAAAUGUUUUAUUAUUUCGUUUUUAUAAAUAUUUCAAAUCAAUAAGGCUUGAACAUUAUUCGA